AUGAUUAUGCUUGAAAAAUUUCAAUUCGGGUUAGAGAAAUGUUCUCACGACGCCAUAUUGGAGCGUCGCUUUGAUUUGACUUUUGAAUCAGCAACAUUGCUGUUAGUUGUGGCUACGACAUUCGCAACUCCAGCCUCGCCAGUUGAGAACUUGACCUUGGAUAAUAAGGACCCAACCACACAUGAGCUUCUUAGCUCAUUGGGACUCAAGAAGCUAAGGAUACCAGCCGCACACCAUAGAAAACGUCUCGCAGAACAAGGCAGGCGGCACGCGUCAGGUGAUUCCAGAAUGUUCGUCAUCAAACUGCCUCCGAACACUAGUUAUUACAGCCACGCGGAGCCAGCGCCGGCUGUAGCUAGAACAUUACCGCUACAGAUGACCAGCAAUGGAAAACCAGCGAGAGUAUAUCACUGGAAUCUACCAGUGCUGAGCAAACUCGCCAAAAACCGCCCGCAAGCGAGAUUCGAUGAUGAUGUUGUGAACGUCGAAAGUACUCCGACCUGGCCGAAGAUCAAACAUCCGAACUCCAUAGACGCACUCUCAUAUUACGUACCAGCUAAAAAAUCGUCUUUUAGGAAAUAUUAUUCUGGUAACGGCAAACCUAAGUCUUUCUAUAUCAUCGAAAAGGACAAAAAGACCGCCGAAUACCACAGACUACUGCCAUAA